GCUAUGGUGUGAUUUGAUGCUGUGUUUUCUGUUGAUCGGCCUUGUGACGUAUUCUGAUCUUCCCAUGCCGAUCGAGAAACGGAGCCGAAGUGGAGGGAUCGACUCUCAAACCGAAAUGUGAAAAACCCACCAUACACCCGGACUUGUUUGUGAAACAGGAGCUGAUGCCAUCCGACGGAGCCUAUGAUAUAUUUAACUCUCAUGAUUCAUAAUCAUAAGACGAACCAUUUCCUUGAAUUUUCAGCAUAUGUAACAAACUUAUGACGAUGCUCCAUACAAGUCUACCCAUUUUCGAGAAAAUCUAUUAUGAUUGUAAUAAUUCUCAACUAGGUACAUAUGUAGGUACAUAUGUAGGUAGGUACAGAAGCCAUGAAGCUAUGAACAGCCACAAUGUGGCGUAAGCUUGAAAGUGCCAGCUUAAGUCCAAAUUCAGAUAGGUACCUCGGUACUUUGAAUUUUUCGAAGCUUCAUAUCCUACCUGUUCCGUCCGGAAUCUGUGAGCGUCUCAACCUCAUAACCCCGACGCCAAGUAAAUUUCUUGUGGCGGGAGAUUGAAUGCCGGGGUUACAAUGAGGGUAUGAGGUAUAUAUCUGUCUAACUCACAUAUACGCCGUCCCUAUGAGGUUCGCAGAUAUCCUCAUUGAUUUGGCCGCUGUCGUCAAAGUAUCUCGGUCCGUCGUUUCGAGGCAUAUAGAGCUUCGAGCUCGACAAAUCGACCGCUAUGGCCAAACAUCAAGUAUUGUGCGGUCAUUAAGGGAAAGACAGCCAAAUGCUCGUCCGAAUCCUCCGGAAGCAGCCAAUGCUGGUAAUCCACCAGCUCACAGUGAAGAAAAUUCGCGUGAGGCGACUUCUCAUCCUGACAUAGUGACGCCAGUACCCGAAGGAGUAAAAUCAGAUGCGAACAACUCUCCAAAUAUUUCGCAAAAAGGUGCUACAGCAUCAUCUAGAGGCCAGCCAGAUGUCUACAGGAACCUCUUCCAACCAAGUUCGCUGAGGGAUACAGCAACUACGCAGCACCCCUCUAUGCCACAUGUACAGUCAGAUCAGAACGCCAUUCUAGCGCAACUGAGAAAAAGCGCCAAUGACGCUAAGGCACGCCACGAUGCUGACUCGGCUGCGUCUUCUGAACUUGAUUCGCCAGAAUCGAAUGCAUCUCCCAGUGUCACUACUCAAGCAGACGCUCCUCCAGAUGUGAACGUCAACGUUUUUCGUACAAAUCGGGGCUCGCAGAUGCUAGAGGGACAAAAGAAUGCCCUACGGACGAAUCAACUUAAUGUCCCGGCUCCGUCUCCUGGGUGGUUCAAAGAUUUCGGCCAUGGAAAUUCAAAACCCCACCCUGAGGAAAUCAAGGCGUCGCCUCCUAUUGCUGAGAGCGCGGCGACGCAGACAGCUCCAACCACGAAUGAGAAUGCGACACAUGCUACCAUAGAUAAGGACGAGUCAUAUAUUAAACAAGCGCCUUUCAGCCGGAAAGCUAACGAGGAGAUGCACUCAGCGAUGGUCGAUGAAACCCUAUCUAAAGUAGAAACAGACACAAACACACCAUCGGGCGUAGUUACCGAAACAGAAGCGAUGUUUGGCGGCGAGACGUCAAAACCAACAUAUGCCCUAAAGGAGUCCAGAGUACCGUCCACUCGCCUGGGCCGACUAUGGAACUACGGGGGACUGGCUGCCGGAAUGCUCGGCGGAGCCAUUAGUGAAGGGUUCAGUAGAGGACUCGGGGGUGGUGGUGAGGGCUCGGUGUUAUUUAGCCCUGGAAACAUGGAACGAUUAGUCGCCAAGCUCUCGCGAAUGAGAGGUGCGGCUCUUAAGAUAGGUCAGGUGAUGAGUUUUCAGGACUCCAAGAUGCUCCCGGCCCCUAUCCGGGAGGUUCUUCAGCGAGUACAAGAUCGAGCAGAUUACAUGCCUGCAUGGCAACGCGAUAACAUGCUCUCCAUGAGUCUUGGGCCCGAAUGGCGAGACUUAUUUGACGAGUUUGAGGAGAAACCAAUAGCGGCGGCGUCGAUUGGUCAAGUCCAUCGCGCGACACUCAGGUCUACGGGCGAGAAAGUCGCAGUCAAGAUCCAGUUCCCCGGUGUCGCCGACUCGAUUAACUCGGACUUGGAUAACCUAUCAAUGUUGCUAACUGCCUCCAAGCUGCUACCGAAGGGGCUAUACCUCAACAAAACGAUCGACAAUGCCCGAACGGAGCUCAGUUGGGAGUGCGACUACGAACGGGAAGCCGACUGCGGAAGACGUUACCGAGAUCUCUUAGCCGACGAGCCGGACGUCUUCGUCGUACCCAAGAUCCACGCCGCGGCCUCGGGGAAACGCGUGCUGACGAUGGAGUUCAUGGAAGGGAUAGGCGUUACGCGUGGCACGUCCUUCACACAGGAACAGAAGGACUGGAUCGGUACGCAGAUCCUGCGGCUCUGCCUGCGCGAGAUCACCGAGUUCCGCUUUAUGCAGACGGACCCCAAUUGGACUAACUUCUUGUAUAAUGCCGCUACUAAUAAGCUCGAACUCCUCGACUUUGGCGCCUCGCGCGAGUAUCCCGAGCGUUUCGUCGCGCAGUACGUUAACUUGCUAGCCGCGGCCUCGCGCGGCGACCGCAAGACCAUCAAGGAGCUCUCCGAGAGCUUGGGUUAUCUGACGGGCCACGAGAGCAAGACCAUGCUCGAUGCGCACAUCGCCUCGAUCCUGACCCUCGCCGAGCCGUUUUCCGAGUCCGCGCCCAAGGUGUACGAUUUCCAAGACCAGACUAUCACGGACCGCGUCAAGGCACUGAUCCCCGUCAUGGUUAGGGAGCGGCUUAGCCCGCCGCCCGAGGAGACGUAUAGUCUGCAUCGAAAACUUAGCGGCGCGUUCCUACUCUGCGCGAGGUUGGGGAGCAGAGUGCCAUGUCGAGAGCUAUUUGAGCAGGCGAUAGGAAAGAUGGAUGCUGUACGAUAGACUAAUGUACAUGUACUAUAAUGACCCACCUGUAUAAACGAUUUGCGAGUUACCACGUCAUAAAGGGGGAAACGGAGCAUUGAUAACAAGCAUGGAUAGGGACAGCGGGAAAAUGG